GGGUAGCCCGCAAGUCAUUUAGUGUUCAGUGCUCUAAUCGCUAGGAUUUCCGAGAAGCUCCCGAGUAAUCUCGCAUAUGUAUAGUUCUGUUUCCGCUUGACGCCUCGUGGCUGCAGUGUGUGAAUGUGCUUUGCGGUGUGAUCCGUCCUCCCGCCCCUCCAACGCUUCCCGCCACCCUUCAUCAACGCCCAGCGUCCCUUUCGAUUGGAGAUCCUUCCAAAGCUUCCGAGCAGUGCUGCCAGCUGAAACAACAUCAACAAACCAACGCAAACAGCUGAGCUGAGCGAAUCUAGUGUGUGAAGUUGUUGAAAGUUUAUCAGCCAAAAUGAAAGUUAUCGCUGUCUGCUUCACGCUGAUCGUGGCCAUCGUUCUGGCAACGGCGCAACACUUCGGAAGCCAUCUGCCACCGUUCGGACUGAACUCGCUGACCGGUGACUUCGGAGGACCAACCGCCUUCAGUGGACAGGACUUCAGCGCGAGCCUGACCGCCGCUAGUCGCGAUCCACGACAGAAUCGAGGCCCAGUCGUGUUCCCACCACCACCCACCGGCGGUCCAAUGGAGUCCAGCGGAGUCGUUGUCGGCGCAUCCGGUUAUGGAUUCGUGCCUCCAAACUCACCCCAAAGAUACUUCUAAACCUUCAUCCCGGCCGGCUGGAACAAAACCAGUGCGUUGCGAGUACGAGAGUGAAUAACAGCAACGAUGUUGUAUGUGUGUGUACAUAUGAAUGUAAACAUUUCGCUAACCACUAGAAUCCCAACCAAUGCGAACCAUUGAGCCAUCUCACACUUCCAAUAGGACCUCCUAAUCAGCCGAACGAAGUCCACUAAAAUAAGUCUUCCCAUUUCCCCAUUAUUUUUGUUUCUUUCCUCCACAGAUCCCUAUAGUUCUGUCCUCAGAAAUCUAAGAUACUUCUAAGUCACUCAAAAACGAACACACCUGUACACGCUUCAGGCUUAAUCGCUUUAGGUAUUCCACCUGACCCACGCGUGGGUCAUUCAAGCGUUGAUGCGCUUAAUGUUAGUCUAGAACAAAGAUUGCGACAUCACAUGUAUAGUUUUAUGUAUGAAAUAGGAACGCCGAGCGCUUGGGUUUUCCCGAGUCGAAUUUGAUGCCAUAUCAAAUUUUAACCCCCAGAAGAAAAACCCUUCUAUCCCUCAUCCGGAAGCUCCCCCCGUUUCAGUAUUUAUUUUGUGAUUACAUUGUGUAUGUAGCAGAAUGAAACAAAUAACACUAGAGUUUAGUGGUGUACAAAAUUCGAACAAGAAGCAACUACAGAAUCCCGGAGUGUGAAGACGAACUUGUACCAUAAGUUUUAGUUACUGUUUGUUUUAUUUAAUAAAUUAUUCUAGUUGAUUUUUAAGCAUGAAUAAGAUAAACACGAACGAGAUAUAAAAAAACAUGGUUUCUUUGGCGCGAGCUAACCUAACUCAAAAUUAUUCUAGUUUGGUUGUUUUCUGUUUGGGUGGUUCUUUAAGGUCUGAGGACAACGAACGGUUCUAUUGACACUGACUCUCUAACACUGACAGGUGAAGACUUUGGCGCCGUGUUGACAGCUCGGAGCAAAUAUUUUAACUUUUAAUAUCGUUUAAUAUAUAUAUGUAAUUAUAAAUAACAGUUCGGCUGAAAAGUUUAUAAGGUAACACAGUAAAACUAUUUUUUUUUUGCAAAAUUCAAUUUUAUCAUUCACCAUAAUUGGCUUCGAGGGCGAUGCAGCGAUUAUAGCGAUCUUGCACCUUGAUACCUUUUUUAUAGUACUCUUCAGUUUCGGUAUUCACUUCAUCAUCGGUCUUAAAUUUCUUGACAGCGAGCAUUCAGGUCUGCGAACAGAAAAUAGUCGCUGGGGGCCAGAUCUUGAGAAUACGGUGGAUGCGGACGCAAUUCGAAGCCCAAUUCAUGCAAUUUUGCCAUCGAUUUCAUUGAUUUGUGAUUUUUCCAUUUUUUUACAAUAACAAAUGUUGCUUCAUUCUCAACGCUGUAACUCACGAACCAAUCGACCGAUCGCUGUCAAAAUUUGACACGUAUGCAUUGAAAGAUGGUGAUUUGUGAUAAUCAAGUAGAUUUUUGCAAGAGGUGCCGUCUAGACGUUAACCUUGUGAAUUUUUCAGCCGUAUGUAGAAUUGUCUGGAAUAUUGAAAAAAUGGAAAAAGAAGUAGGGGAAAGUCAGGAAAGACGGACAGGGUAGAAAAGAUGGACCCCCCUGUAUAAUUGAUAAAUUUUAUAUAAUGAUGUACAAACUUGCAAUACAGUGUAUCAAUAUCUUCGAUACUUACUGUAUACACCUAGCUGGCUUUCUGUCAAAAUUGUAAAUACAAACAAAAAAGUUAUCUACAAAGAGCAGCUCGAUGUAAGUUUUCGUCUACAGAAAAUAAUGUUCUCAUUAUUAUCGAGUAUUUUUUUGGGGUAUUUUUCGUUACGUGAAUGUUUUAUCAUCACUUCUUUUCCAGUUUAUCGAAUCAGCGGUGAAGUUUUGUCAUUUUUUCUCCAGAAAUUUUGACGAAAAUAAAAUACUAACUAAGUCGGGUAGGACGGACACUCCACCGACAAACCACAAGACAAACAUUUUGUUUUGAAAAUAAUUUGAUUAUCUCCUCCUUCUUUUAUUAACAAAUGCUCACUCACUACGUUUGCAAGUGCAACCACAUAUCAUGGACAAAUCAGCAGAGCGGUUUUUAAAACGUAGGGGAACCCGGGGCAAGAGUGCCACCUUAAGCCAAUACGCGUUUUUGAAUGCUCUUUUGUUAUAUUUUUUCCAUUUUUUUUUGCUGGUUUGUUCAUUUAUACUCCUAUUUAGGUAUAGCUAUGCAUCAAAUUGUUCAAAAGUUAUGUUUACUAUGAAAAUGUUUCAUUUACAAAAAUGAUGUUUUAGGCUUGUAUUUUCCAGUACCUCGACGGGGCAAGAGUGCCAAUCUUAUAAAAAUAUAAUUUUUGAUGAAAAAAGCACUCUGAAAUUCACGGUCGUUCCAAAGAACGCAAACUCAAGUUCUGGUGGCGUUCACGAAAACCGGCAAGCCUAUCUUCUCCGGCCAAUUUGGGUGUUUUGUCGAAAGAGUGAUCUAAACUAUUCCACUCUGCGAUUCUAUACCCUAGGUUCGGGAUGUCGUGUGUUGUCAGCCCAUAAAAUAACUUCUGCAUAUUAAGGAUGUGACUCACGAGUUACUCCUCCUGUUGUUUAGAAAACACAGUUUUAAAACGGCCUAACUUCUGCACAUAUUUGGCCAAUGUUCUUCUGGGCAAACUAUAUUCCUCCGCAGUUUGUCUCCACGAUUUACAGAAUGUACGGCAACAACCAUAGUUUCCAUCUGCCACUGGUUUCGGAACGAAAGUCGUUCAUAUUUACAAACCAUGACCACACAAACACAACCACGAUUACACUAUUUACGUUUGACAGAUCGAAUUCGAGGUUACGACUAUGGCAUUUUACCCCGGUAAUAAUGACUCCUUUUGCCCCUGAAGUUGAGAGAUAACAAAUUUAUUUUUUUAUUGAAAUAAAUGCGUACGAUUUAAAUUAGUUCAUACAGUAAGUUGAAGAAAAAUGAUUAUUCUAUUUGUAUUUAUGGGAGGAGUCAUGCAAACAUAUAGACACUGAGGGUUUUCGUUAAUUUGCGCCUGUGCGUUCUUAUAUAGAUUGCAGUUGUAAGAAGCUCAGUUAGUAUUUAUCCGUUUUCCAAUGGAAAAUAUUUAAGGUUCUGGCUGAUAAUAUGUGAGAUAUGUGCAGUAUCUGUAUAAAACAAAGUUCUGUAGUUAAAUGAUUGUAAAAGAUGGAAAAAGGGAAAAAAAUCAGAUGGGCACUCUUGCCCCGGGUUCCCCUAAUCGAACGCCGGAUGCUAUUUUAGACAUGAAAAAAUGAAAAAAACAAGCCUUUCAGGGUGAUUUUAGUCUAGACUUUUUGUUAGUUCAUUUUCAAGGCAUAUUUGCAUAUUUUAAAUUGUUUUUUUUUAAAUGUUAUUCUUUUCAUUGUUCAGAAACCUGUUAUUUUAACUCUUUUGAAAUUCCAAAUGGUGGUCUUGAAAAGAGCUUUUUGUUAUAUGGACUGAUUCCCUUGAACGGGUUGUUGCAAUCAAUGUGGUAAAAUGUAUCAUCCGCACCUUCUUCUGUCCAGAAUGUUCGAAUUUCCCGAUUGAGUACCGAACACGUUCUGCAACAGAACGCCACAUUUUGCACCGCUUUCGCACUUGAGCUUAUUGCGAUGAUAAAUCCGAUUGUGAACAGCAGUCAAAUGUUGCGUCAUUUCGUCUAGUUUGAUCCGAACAAAAAACAAAAUUAGCUUCUGACAGGAGGUUCAACUGACUAUCUGAAAACGAUUAAUGAAUAUCAUUGCAAAACAUAAUAGGGUGGAAUGGUAGAUGAAAUUCGGUAAACAAAAAUAAUUAUGUCGUCAUUGAUUACAUUAAAUAUAGAGUUAAUGUUGAAACUAUUUACGAUUUGAUAAUAUUUCGAUGCGAAUUAUACAUUAAAUUAUAAUACUGCUUGAUUCCCAAUGGAUAACUAUGGUAUUGUAAUAUCUUUCCAUUGUCUUAUUAUUCUAAGACAUCGAGAGUAGUAGCCUUUUCGGUGGAAUAAUGUUCGGUUUCAGACUAUAUUUCACGUCACACACACUGAAUCUGUGAGCCAUAACAAUAUCAGCUUGGAAUCGCUAGCUGAAAUAAUGAUUUUUUCUAAGGAAUUGCAAGCAUCUUACUAACCCACUCCACCAUCUACAUCACCCUUAUUCCUACACAUUGACUAGAUGUCUAAUUUAUUUUAUAGAACGAAUUAUUGCACACAAUUUUGUGUUGUAUACAACAUUCACGGGAAACAAAAUAAAAGGAAGAAUGAAUAAAACAUCAAUUAGCUUCGCAUUUGCUCGCAAAACAAUAUCUUUAACGAAUAAAAAAUUGUUCACUUGUUUAACAAUUCCCAAACAAACAACUGCUGAAUAAAAUUUCCGUCUAAAAAUAAAUAUUAUAACAUAUUGAAAUCUCUUAAUUUUUCGUUACAUUUUUUUCGCAGGGGUAGUCCUACGUCAAAACUUUAAAUAUUGGAACACUUUGAUUUGAAAUGGGGGUGGAUUUUUUUUGUGCCCAUCACUGUAGAUGUAUGGUUCAAAUUGACAACCAGAGCAAUGAAAUUUCCUCCGGAAUGUGGCCUUAUUGUUCUGCCAGGAAGAUCAGGAAUGGAAGACUAGCAAUCCAGGACAUUUAAUCUGAAUAUGGAAUUUGAAAUCUUGCAUCCGAAUCGCAAUCGGAAGUUUGAAAUAAGAAAUGUUGUAGUUGUUAUAAUGUGUCAGCAUUUGAAUUUUUGGAAUUCGAAAUCUGUAUUCUAAAACUAUUGAUUUCUGACACUAUGAAUCUAGGCUAAAAAUUUGAUGUUUUAGAGUCUGUGAAAAAUCUGGAUUCUGAUUUUAGAUUCUGAUUCUAGAUUCAGAUUACGAAAUCUAAAAUUCAGAAUCCAGCUCCUGAGAUUUGAUUUCAGGAUUUAUAAUUUAGAAUUUGGUGUUUGUAACACGAAAUAUGCUUUCGGAGCAAGUUCCGGGUACUGAGAUCUGGAACUAUGAAUUUUCAGAAUACCAAAUCUAGGCUAGAACUAGGAACUAGGCUGUAAUCUUAUUCAGGAAAUCGAAUCGUCUGAAUUUAGAUUCUGGUUGAAGCUCAAGAAUUCAAAUUUACAAAUAAAAUCUAUUAUCUAGAUUCGUUGGUUCCGAAUCUGGUGAAAAAUAUUAGGACGGAUAGAUCGAAUUUGAAGCUUGAAAUUUAAUGUUCAUAUCUUCCAAGCUAGAAACUUGAUAUUCAAAUUGGAUAAUUCAAGCAACUAAGAGUUGCACAAUAAGAUCGAAGGAUAUACACACCUCACCCCUAGCGAUAAGAUUCGUUCUGUAGCAAUACUUCAAUAAAUGUAGGACUCAUUUUUAGGGAUACUUUUUCUUCUAAAUUUCUUGAAAAUAUUGACGGAUAUGAUGCGAAAAGAGUUUAUUUAGUCACCUCAACAAAUCGCUUUCCAAGUUAGAAUUUGAGUUGGAUGCACUAUUGCUUAGAGUUUUUCCUCUGAAUCAAAAAUUUAGGCUCACAGCAGUUUCAAGGGUAUUCACCCUUAUUCCGGAACACGAUCGGGUUUGAAAUUAGCACGAUUGUUGCCUUCUGUAAACCGAAAAGUCUGAAAUCUAUCCGAGAUAUGAAUCCAAUCGGCUUAUGCAAAAAUAGCUCCAUUGCCUUGAGGUGAUACAAAAUAUUGUGUGAAGCUAAUUUUAUAUUGUUGAUGAAGUUUUAUCGAAAAUACUUGGAAAAUUAUAAAAAAAAAGAGUUAAGUUAGGAUGAGAGCUCAAAAUAUUUGAAUAAUACCAGGUAAUAAUUUUCAUUCAUAUUUCAACAAUUUAAAACUGCAUUGGGGUAUGUUGAUGUGAUAGACAGUAAACAGCUUCACAAAUACGGAUGAAUUAUUAUGACGUUCGUUUGGGUCAAAGCAAUGCUGUCACUUUUGCAUAUGUCGAAUGGGUUUGAGUCUCGGACGGAUUUUAGAAUGCAUCGAUCUCGAUCGGGUUGCAAAAUGAGAGGUCGAUCUCGAUCGUAUUGCGAAAUUUCCAAACUCGUUCGGAUUUCGGAAUAGAGGUGAUUGACUCAUUAUGUUGUCAAUUUUCCAGAGAAUUUCAACUUUUUUUGCUUCAAUAAUGGCAACACACAAACUUAUGAAAUAAAUUGAAGUUCCACGAAAUGAACUUUUCAUUUGCAUCUGAUGAAACCUUCGAUCGAGAUCGGUCUGCUCAUAUUGAUACUACACCAGCAAACAUGCAAACUCACGACGACGCUACCGGUCAGUGAAAAAACUAUUUGUUCUUGUAAUGCAAAUUUUGCUCACCAUAUCGAUUAUACAAAAUCUCACUUGGUGCGCCUUCGAAGAACCCGUACCUACCUUUUUUCACGGGGUAAAUUAUCUGGCCCGAUCGAUCGGGUUCGAUUGCGCUUGCGAGUAUUUGUCGUCGCUGCCUAGAUAGGGUCUGCAGCCCACAACCCACAAUGGCAUAAGGCCAAUUGGAUUCUGUUACUGUCAAGCUUCAUUGUUAGAUGGUAUUCUGAUUUCGAUCCGCAAACAAAUGUAGUUAUUUGUACGUGGAUCGUACGUUGGGGCAAUACAUUUUGACUUCAGCGGACACAGACAUAGAAGAGUGAUGUGGGACAUUACAGUUCUAUUAAAGGGUUUUGUUAAGAUUAAUAAUGAGUUACACUCAGAUGAAUUAAGUGGAAGUCUCAAGAAACUAUGCACUAAUGCUCUCGGAAACACAAAGCGUCAAAACUAAAUCGCCUAGUUGCAAGCUUCCAGAGGAUUGACCUCGUCAAUAUUUCACCAUCCGUUUGAUUAAGUGCGAAUGCACAACAAGCAGCUUAAGCUGGCUCUCAGGUGUUUGUCAUCGAGGUGGUUAGCAACGGUCAGCAGAUCUUUGCAUAUGCGCAGACCAAUGUUGCCGCCUCUGACGUAACAGACGUGUAUGUGUGUGCUGAAGGAGCGAGGAAUAAUAAACACCCACCCCUUUUUCUGCCGUAUUGCCCCGUAGCAGCAACGAUUCGUUGGAACGAUCCGUUGGAAUGUUGCUGUACGAAACACGGCUGAGGAAGUUUCGAUCGUGAUCCGUAACAUGCUGCGAUUAUUGUUGUAAUGUAUACCCAGUGCUCUCGAAUUGAAUUGUUUGCUCCGAGUUUGUUACCUUAUGUAAUUAUUUUACCCGACGGACGACAAGAUGAUGACUAUGUAAAUAGAGAUUUAACAGAUAACAACUAUUAUUACUAUAACCACUACCAUAACUGAGUUUGGAAUGAAACAACUACCACUGCUAGCAGAGAACCGGUCUCGGUUUGACGUGUUGGGAACAUCUGGACGUUUAUCGGAAAUCUUCCGUCGUGGUGACAAUGAACUUGUACAGAACUACCGAUGCAUACCUACCCCUUUGAACUGCUAUGACAAAAUUAGAAGAAAAAAAAACAACUAAUCGACCUCCGGACAACUUUCUCGCCCCCCCAAUCCGAAACUCCCUUUUUC